GGGCGGGGCGGGGCGGGAGUCCCGGCGGCGCGGCCGGAGCUCGGACGGGGGAGCGGCCGCUGCUCGGCGCUGCGGGUCCCGGGCAGGCGGGUCUGGGCCGCGCAACGCGCCGCCCCGCGGAGGCUUUCCGGCGCUGAGCUCCGCGCCGGGCUCGGCUGCCCCGCCGCGGGAGGCCGGGCCGGGGCCGGGAGGGCGGGCCGGCCGUGCCCCGCCCGCGGCGGGGUCCCCGGAGGCCGGGCCAUGGGCUCCCUGCUGCGCGGCUCCGCGCUGCGCGGCCUGCGGCUGCGGACCCUUCUCCCUGUGGUGGCCGCGGGGACACCGCGGUGGCCGCGGGCGGCACACAGCACUGAGGGGGAGAGCCGGAGCAGGGCCGUGGGACGGUACCCGGUCCCCAACAAGAAGGACAUGCCGUAUGACAUCGUGGAGCUCAUGGAGGAGGUGGAGAUCAAGACCGGAUUUCUGCCCAACGUGUUCCAAGCCAUGUCUCACCGCCCGGCGGAGUUCAGAGCUUUCUUUGCUUGUUACGACACCGUCAUGAACAGGGACUCAGGGCGACUCAGCAAGGCAGACAAAGAGCUCAUCGUCGUGGCUACCAGUGUUGUGAACAGGUGUCCCUACUGCGUGGUCGCACAUGGAGCGCUUCAUCGGAUCUACUCCAAGCAGCCGGCGCUGGCUGACCAGGUCAUCGUGAACUGGAAGCUGGCCGACCUGAGCGACCGCGACCUGGCCAUGCUGGAGUUUGCGCUUGCGGUGUGCCGAGCCGACGACAUCACCGAGGAGCACUUCCAGAAGCUGGAGAAGCACGGCUUUGACCGCGAAGAUGCCUGGGACAUAGGCAUGAUCUCUGCUUUCUUUGCCAUGUCUAAUCGCGUAGCUCAUUUUGUUGGCCUGCGCCCAAACCCGGAAUUCUACAGCAUGGGCAGGACGCCCCAUGGGGAGCGGGGGAAGGAGGAAGGUGAGCGGGGCUGACACGGGUCUCACACUGUGCACCCAAAACAUUGACCGAGUUCUUCAUUCCCA